AUGGACAUGUGGGAUCAGUUAACCAAUCGACAAGAAGAAGCUGAUAGUGGCUCAGAUUCUGUGAAAUUUGAUGCUCGCUCCAUGACAACAUUAAUUUCUCAGAAUCCUAAAAAUGGUCCUGCUCUUCAAGAGAAAAUGAAGUCUUUCAAAGCUGCACUGAUUGUUCUUUAUCUCCUUGUGUUUAUGCUUCUCAUUCCUGUCAUCGGAAUAGUGGCAGCUCAACUCCAGAAGUGGGACAUGAAAAACUGCACCUUUGUUUCUGCUAAUACAAAUGAUAUAUCUCAAUAUCUCACGGGAAAAGGAAAUUAUAGUGAAGAUGAAAUGAGAUUUCGGAACAUCAUUAUGGAACGUUUGAAAGCCAUGGAGAUGAGAGUCCACUAUGUUGCAGACAUGGAAUCCAGCCUGAUAGACACAGAACAUUUCCAAAAUCUCAGUGUGACAACUGAUCAAAGAUUUAAUGACGUUCUUUUCCAGUUAAGUGCCUUAGUUACUUCAGUGCGUGGCCACGAAAACACAAUGGAAGAAUUCUCCAAAUUCAUAAGGAGUCUGAAUACCACACUGCUUGAUUUACAGCUCAAUAUAGAAACACUAGAUGACAAAGUUCAAGCAACUAUAGUCAAACAUAAAGAGGAAAUCAGAGUAUUACAACAGCGUGUAUACAAUGCAUCAGCAGAAAUCAAGUCUAUGAAAGAACAACAAGUGCAUUUGGAACAGGAAAUAAAAGGAGAAGUGAAACUAUUGAAUAAUAUCACUAAUGAUCUCAGACUGAAAGACUGGGAACAUUCGCAGACAUUAAGAAAUAUUACUUUAAUUCAAGGUCCUCGUGGACCCCCAGGUGAAAAAGGAGAUAGAGGUCUCACAGGACAAAUUGGCCCACCAGGCGCACCUGGUUCGAGGGGUCCACAAGGUCCUAAAGGUGAUCAUGGGCCAGUUGGCUUUCCUGGAAGUCGAGGAUUAUCAGGCCCACCUGGCAGAACUGGAAGACCAGGUUUACCUGGAAUGAAAGGCCAGAAAGGGGAGAAAGGAAGUGCACAAAUCUUGACUCCACCUAAGACAGUACGCCUGGUCGGAGGUAGUGGACCUCAUGAGGGUAGAGUGGAGAUUUUCUAUGACGGUCAGUGGGGCACAAUUUGUGAUGACCACUGGGAACUGCGAGGUGGACUAGUAGUCUGUCGAAGUUUGGGCUACCGAGGAGUUCUGGCUGUGUAUAAGGGAGCUUAUUUUGGAGAAGGUACUGGCCCAAUUUGGCUGAAUGAAGUAUUUUGUUUUGGGAGAGAAUCAUCUAUUGAAGAGUGCAGAAUCAUAGAAUGGGGUGUGAAGAUGUGUUCACACAAUGAAGAUGCUGGAGUCACUUGUGUUUUAUGA